AUGCGCUUCGAAAACGAUGACGGCGCCACCAUGAAGGUCAACAUGGUCAACGACGUCAAGGCUGGAAUGCGCUUAGCCUCCGAGGAGACCUUCAGGAAGAUCGUUCCAGCCUGGCAGUGGGUCAACGACCUGGUGGUGGUGCUCUACUUCUGCUGGUCCUUGGCGUCGGGCUUGCCGAUUCCCAUGUAUCUCUGGGCGCCCCUGGGGUGCUCCUUCUACUUGACAGCCUGCUGCUAUUGGCGCCAGCAUCCCUGGGCUGCCGAAGUGGACACGGUGGUGCUCAGCAUCAUCGGUUUCUUGUCAACCAUCAAUGCACCUAGACACGCCACCAACUCGAUUUCGAUGAUUCGCUUGCUCUUGAACAGCUGGCUGCCAGCUCCGAAAAUGGCCUUGCUGAUGCAAUUUGCCUUGGAGCCUGGUUUUCUGGCGGACUCGUGUCACCGAGAAUCGGUAACCAGCCGACAGGAAUUUGUGGAGCUGUUCUUGAGCGAAGUGGUAAUGCUCGGUGGCUUGGUGUUGGCCCAUUACAAGCAGCAAGGCAGUUUGUACCACCAAAUCGCGGCAUCCAUCAGGGCAGAGACCAGUAUCCAAGAGACCUUGUCCCUGGGCGAUGCUGCAAAGCGUUUGCUGACGGUCACUUGUGAUGCUUGCGUCAGUGCCUCGUUGUCGCCAGGUCGGAAUGGCGGCGACUGA